AUGGGGACCUACUCUGGCGGGCCCGUGGGAGAUCUGGACGCAGACUACGUCCAAACAGCUACAAUCCAGAACACGAGACCCUUUGACCCUGAUCUCCCAGGCUACCAAUACAACUUCCUCCCUGUCGAUGACGGCUCCUGGCGACGAGUCCAGAUAGACGUAGACUGGCUCAACACCCUGACUCCUUCCCCCCGGGCGCAGCACGUCCGGCUGGACCAGCCUCGCCGCCCUUCUUACAGACAUGGGCAUGGACAACAGUCGGGUAUGCCGGGGGCUUCCGGGGCCGUCGAUGUGUUCAAGAAUGCAUCCGCGGGCAUCGAGCGAUACCGGACCAUGAGCACGCAGGUGCGUGUGAUGUCUCUACCUACAUCGGGUGCUACUGCGAGCCAGGAGGACGUUAAGAUUCUCUUCGGUGACAAAACACCUACGGCUGGGUAUCGGGCGUCGGAGAUUGACAAGCCUUAUGGGUAA